CUCCUACUUUCCGUUUCUAUUUGGUAUUUCCAUAUUAAAUGUUAACUUUCGAGUUAAAACUUACUCUACAGAAAAUUAAAAAUGAUAUGCUGCAUUAUUUGUGAAAAGAUUUCUGCGUUAUAAAGCGUGGUGAAGCGAUUUGGCACGUUUAACAUGAUGAGAUGGAGGGGGACGGUAGAUUUGCACCAUUUUCUCGCUUAGGCGGCGUAGGGAGCGGGGAUAGGUUUGGGGGCGUCGGGGGUUUUGACGGGCUGCGUGAAAUCCGGUCAGAGCCAGCGUUUAGUACGCAAAGCAGCGGUAAUGUUCCACAAAGCAGCUUGCCAUACUUAGGCGGAAUAGAUGCAAUUUUGCAGCGCUACCAAAAUGGUGGCACUGGUGGGGGCGGUGAGGGUACAGGCAGUAGUGGGGGUGGCGGAAGUACCAGUUUAGUCUCCUCCGGUUCAAGUUAUGGAGGCGGAUAUGGUCAAGGCGACGAGUACGAUGCAGAAAGUCAGGAAGACAGUUACUCCUAUGUGGACGAGACAGGUGCUAACGUCGGUGCUUCCGUUUCUCGAUCAGUUCGCACGCCGUUUGGCACCUCGCGUAGCAGCGCUUCGAUGCAUAUGUCAUUAGGUCCGACAGGAAUGACGAUGCAAACACGGGUGGAAUCAUCACAUGGUGGGGGACGACGCAGUAUGAUGAUGAUGUCAUCAUCUUCGGGCGGCUUUCAGUCAGCUGGGUUAGGUUUUGUUGGUCAGUCUUCUCCAUUUCAUCGCUCUUUCAGUGGCAGUAUGCUGUACAGAAGUAUGCCAAUAUUCAGUCUCAUGCAGGGUGGUUCCGGUUUUCUCGGAUCGGGUUUUCCUGGCGGUUGCAUAUGUGGUCAUGACCAUUCAAACGAUCCAUUUGACGAGUUAUAUGGAGGUUAUGAUGACUUUGGUAAUCAAGGUCAAACAUCCAAUGAAGGGCCCAUUAUUACCGAGCUACCUGAUGACCAUGAAGAUGUCAAGUUUGGACUUCCCAGUAUUGAUUACAGUAGUUUUAAUAGUCAGAGUGAGCUUCUUGAGAAGAGUGAAAAGACAGAGGCAAAGAACAAGAACUCAAGCAUGAAACGGAGCAAAAAUCCACCAAAGAAUAAGAAUGUUGUCACAAGGAGAUCUAACAGCAUGGAGUGUAUGUCUUCAAUAGAUAACAGCUCUAUACAACAAGUACAUGAAGAACAAAGAGUAGAAAUGGAGACAGAGUAUGUAGAACAGACAUGCAAUUCUUCAACAUUAAGUGAACCAGCAGAUUUUGAUUUCACACCACAAGAGGCGCUGGAAGAUUUUCAAGAAGUGCAAAACAGAAGUUCAUCACCAGAGGAGCAGACGCCGAAUGUAUGUGGCCAUAUUGGUACAGAAGGUACAGGGGCCAUGGAAGAUGGAAUAACGGACAGAAUCGAAGCUGAUAGCAAUGAAAGACACCCUGACGAAUUAGACGGUCGUUUUAGUGAUGAACUUGGGCUGCAGAGUUUACGGCUACUGUCUCCCAAUGAAUCGAGCAUUGAUGAAACACACUAUGGCGAAGGAGAAGGUAUCAAGCAGGAAACAUGCAUGGAGGAAGAAAACGAAGAUAAUACAUCGGAGGUGCAGAGUGAUUUGCAGAGAAGUACACAGAGUUCAGAUUCUCGAGACGAGACAGCUCUUUCCACUGAGAAAACGAAUGAUAAUGACACAGAAGCUUUGUUGAGAAAGUAUGCAGAUAGCAGAGCUUUAACUGUUGAAAAUCCAAUUGCAGAAUCUUCUCUCCGCCCGGAAAACUACAGUGAGAAAUUAGGCGUUGGGGUGUCAGUGAGAAAAAAUGAAAACAAUUUAGAUACAAAUUAUUCUACGGGUAGUACACAAAACAACUCGGGAGUUGGGUCCGAUGACAAAGACUACGUCAAGUUUAAAGAAGGCAGCACAAAAGACGGACAAUGUAUAUCACCAGAAUUACUACUUCAGGAAGAUCCACUCAUUGAAGUCGAUGGUGACAGUGACGUUGCACAGGGAGGCGAUUAUAAAACUGACGAUAAAACAAACGAUCAGAUUGAAAGGUGUGAUGAACAGUUUGAUCCACCUGAAGUCAGUUCGCAAAUUACUGUUGGCGGUAAUUCGCCUAUCAUGUCUACAAUUAAGACACAACAUGAUGAUGAUGAUGAUGAUGAUGAUGAUGAUGAUGAUGAUGAUGAAGAUCAAACACCACCUGAAGUCAGUACACAAAUUACAUUGGUUGGUGAUUCGUCAACACAGCCGACUAUUGAGACGCACCUGAUUCCCAUUGGUAGCCAGGUUUUAACCGAAGAUAGAGAUACGACUGACACUGAUUUAGAAAUGUUUGAACAAAUCGCAAGACCAAAUAGUCAGGUCAAUGGGCUCAGUAAUUGUGGUGAUAAGACUAUUCAGCCUGCACUCGAAAUGCAAAACGUGAUAAAAGUUAGUAAUGAGUUCAGUUGGAACUUUUUUGACUCGAAUGAAAACAAUGAAAACAGCAUGAAACAUGAGAAUUGCACUGGAGGUUUAGACAAUAUCGUUAUCCAGUCUUCUGUUACUGCAAACACACCUUUCGACUGUGGGAACAUUGAUAAUAACGACAAAUGUUUCAACGGAAAAGGCGAAGGUCAACCAGAAAACAAACAUAAUGACGUGAGGAAGUUUUCUGAUCAGAACACCAAAUUAUUUGAAGCUGCUGGACACAUUAUUUCGGCAGUUACCGAUCUUGUUCAAUCAGCUGAUAAAAUGGAGGACAGUCAUCCUGAAGUAGAUCAAAAGAGCGCUUUACACGACGAUGUUUUUGCAACUUCCGUUGAAUACUCUUUAGAUAAUGGCAUGGUCAACAAAAGAGAAUUUAGUUCAAAACCGAAAUCUACCAUUGAAGAUAUCCACACUGGAGACCCUGAACGUGAACCUCCUCAAGUUUAUGAUAAGGAAUUAGGUUUUGCAGACCAAUGGACGAAAAUGGGCAAAGGAUCACCACACGAUCACACCUGUGCUAAAUGUUUACUUCGUGGGAGAUGCAACCACAAACAGAUUGAACAUUUUUCCUACACAUGUUCUACGCAUGGUCAACACUGCUACUUCCAGUGUAAUGACUGCCAUGAAACAUUUUCACAAGACGAUGCCCGUAAAAUCGAAGAGCGAAAUCAACGACGGCGAAUUAACAAAAACGCCUCUGUACGUUUAAAGCCUGCUUCGAGUUUACACCGAGGUGUUUAUCAUGCGAAUGCUCCAGUUCGUCUUGAAGACUUGGCGCCGUCGGCGGGAUUGGUUGUUAAGGAGGUGAAUCCCGACGGAAACUGCCUUUUCACCUCCGUUGUAGACCAGCUGCGUGUCCGAGGAAUGUUCGGCCACACCCCGCGGUCUCUCCGCACCGCCGCGGUCGAAUACCUGCGUCAAAACCCGACACAGAAGGAUGGGACGCACCUGCGAGAGUUUGUUGAACAACAGGACUGGGAUCGGUACCUAAACAGCAUGAGUUAUGACGGUCACUGGGGAGAUCAUAUUGUCAUCAUGGCACUGUCAAACUUGCUCCAAAUGCGAAUCGUGAUCUAUAGAGUAUCUAAUCAGCAGCUGACGUCAACUGAAGUUUGUCCUUCAAACACAGCAAAGUCUUCCAAAAACAACGGGAGUCAGUCGGAGGAUGAUGAUAACCCAGGCGAGUCACCGCCACAGGAGGAUGUUGUGCCUGAAGUCGUGAUAGGACAUAUCUCGGAGUCUCACUAUGUUAGUCUACGACAGCUGGCCUGGAAAGACACUUUGAUGAAAGCACUAUCAACCAAAGGUGACACGUGUCUGUCGAGUCCAGGAAGGACACAUCUAAGAGAUUCAAUGGGAUCUAUUGAUGUGCCGUAUUUACAUUUGUCCUUUACGUCAAAGUUCUGUCUCAGAAGCCGGAUGAUUUACCAGUUGCCACCAUCAGCAGUUGUGCCAAAAGAAAAUCAAAAUUUGUCUGAUAAUAAAUAUUCUAUAGAGGGAUAUUUUAUGGACGAUUCUGUUGACGUAUUGAAUAUAAACAUCUUCGGAGAUGGAAAUAAACUGGUUUCUGAAAAAAGUAGGGAUGUAAUGGAGAAAUCAAAAUCGUUCGUUUUCUGUGUACCGAGCGAUACUUGUGUGGCUGAUGAAAAUCGAACAGCUACGGCUACUAACUACAAGCAUUUCCUUUAUGCUAGCAAUACACAAGUGACAGGCCGCGAUAUUUGUAUGAAACUCCGAACAAAUGGAACAAAUGUUUGGAGGUCCGCGACAGAUGACAAAGGUUAUUUGAAACAUUUGAACCUCGUGAAUUUAGGAAAUAACUCAUUAGUUGCAUUUUGUUGUGAAUGGCCUUUGGCUGCCCGGGAAUGGUUAGACAGAAAGAGAACAUUCGGCUGGCCUAGCGAUAGUGUCGUUAGAGAGAUUGAGGUCUCUGGCGUCAGAGCAAUACCUUAUCAAACUGGAGGGGAUAAAGACGAGCACACUGAUUGGUCAUAUCUGUUCAAACCAGCAGAAGAAAUAGUCUGUAAAAAGGCCUUAACGUCGGCACAAAUUGAAUGUUUUAAGAUCACCAAACUGCUGCUUGAUGGAAUUGAUUGUAGCCAGUGCGUGACUUUCGAUGCACUAAAACACAACUUCCUGUAUAUGUGUGAAGAAACAUCUAUAGUUACGUGGAAAAGAAGUCCAGCAAAUUGCAUCAUGGCCUUUAUUGAACGAAUUCUGAAAUGUGUCAAACAACGUCAUUUUCCUAACUACUUCGCAAGAGCUAUUAAUUUAUUAGAAAAAGAGAUGACCUCGGACAUGGUUGUGUUUCUUACUAAACGACUAACAUCUGCAAGAAAACAUCCAUUUGUAUGCUUAUAUUUCUCUUUCCACCGGUCUCCGUUUAGCAUACUGAAUAGGCCAUUGUUUAAUGCCUUCGAUAGAGUGAUUGAAAACGCCACGAUAUUUGCGCACUCUCGAGAUGAAAACGGUGCUCUUGAAAACUGCUUUAUUCCAUCUGCAGCCGAAGGGAUAUGUGACUUGAUCCUGGGACAUGACUAUCGCCUGGCUUAUCAGCAGUGCCUAGAUGCAGCUCAAGCCCUUCUUGAAAUUUGCAAACGCUCUGAAAUAUCAGUCGAAUAUUUCUUAGAACGGGUGAUCGCAUAUUUACCUUCUGAACUAUUUCAGUGGAUGUUCGCAGUUUACGUCGACAUGAUGAGAAACUCACAUUUCCUUGACAUUGUCAAUUCAGGCAAACGAACAGUCUUCAUAGAUGAAGUCUUUGGACAGAAACUUGAAGAAGAGCUUUGUGAUAUGUUCCACAUUGAAGCAGACAUCACAAUUCCGGGGUCAUUAGUAACUGGUGAUAGAGUAACAACAGUUACUGUUGAAUUCGAAAAGGUGUUAGAAUGCGCAGAGGUGUCUUCUUUUGUAAUAAGUGAUGCUCUUUUUCAUGUUGUGACUUUCUUAGAUAGGAUUACAAAAGAAGAUAUGAGAAAGCCCUACACACACCCAGAGGUCAUUGCAAUACGCGCCACUGAGUUCAAACUUUUAGGAAAUAUGUGUAAAAUACAAAUGCUGAGGGGUAAAGAGGGUGCGGCCGUAAAGGCCAUUAAAGAACUUAGAAUGAAAACACUAGAAGAAUUCGAUACUCUAGUUGCAACAGGACAAUUUGAUAAGGCAAAAGCAUUGUUUCUGAAUUUAAAAUCGUUAUAAACGUUUUAACAGAUAAAGUUGCGCGGACACAUAUUCAUGUACACGUAUACAUACAUAUAUCAAGGAGAAAGCUUAUUCCUGUGUAGAUUUGUUCGUAUCCGACAUUAUUAUUCAAAACUAUACAUUUUUGAUUAUCACUGGUUAAAUUAUCAAGCAUGGGUAUGCAUGAGCUUGAUUUCUGUAGAUUUUUGAUGAGGUAAAAGUAUUUCACUUUAUUUUGAAUUGAAUAAAUGUGUUUGAAUUGAUUGAUCGUGGGACGACUCAUGAUGUUUGACUCGUGAGAUGACUGCUAAAAAUGUAAAUAUAUAUUAGUACACGUAUUUUGUUAAUCAGAUUGUGUAUGUAUCAUUGUGUCUAUUUUGACACAUUAUUUGUGUAUCUUGUCUUAAAGUCUUUUGUUUUUGAAAUCAAUUUUCAUACGAUUUUUUUUAUACUUGUUGCAAUAGUUGUGUUGCUUGUUUGCGUUCUGGCCUGAUUUCAUUUACAUGCAAGUCUAAUUAUGUACGAGUAUUUCGUCUGAAGAAUAAAGAACACAUUGAUUUAAAA